ACCCACCAAAGCGCCCCGAUUCUGCUCGGCUUCAAAAGUUCUCUUCUUCGGUUCUUCCAGCAAAACGAAGAAGAAGAAUCUCUACGGAGGAAUGAUGCAGGCCUACUCGAGACGGUUGGGGCAACAGUUCUUGAAGUCCUCACCCGCGAUAUCAUCUCUCAAUUCCAUUCAUCCAAUCUCGGAUUAUGUGACUGAUCAUCCGCGGUAUGGAUCGACCCUCGCCCCUAAGGGCGUUGGGCAUCUUGUUCGCAAAGGUACAGGUGGAAGAUCAUCUGUGAGCGGCAUUGUUGCAACUGUAUUUGGAGCUACUGGGUUUCUUGGACGUUAUGUUGUUCAACAGCUCGCAAAAAUGGGAUCUCAAGUGUUGGUUCCUUUUCGUGGAUCGGAGGAUUCCCCUAGGCAUCUUAAGUURAUGGGUGAUUUGGGACAGAUAGUGCCAAUGAAAUACAACCCACGAGAUGAAAGUUCAAUUAAGGCAGUUAUGGCAAAGGCUAAUGUUGUUCUCAAUCUAAUUGGAAGGGAGUAUGAGACCAGAAAUUUUAGUUUCGAGGAAGUCAACCAUUCUAUGGCUGAACAGCUUGCUAUGAUUGCCAAAGAACAUGGUGGCAUCAUGAGAUUUAUACAAGUUUCUUGCUUAGGAGCAUCUACAUCAUCACCCUCCAGAAUGCUAAGAGCUAAAGCUGCAGCAGAGCAAGCAAUUUUGAGAGAACUACCUGAGGCCACAAUCAUGAGGCCUGCUGUCAUGAUUGGUACAGAAGAUCGGAUCCUAAAUAGGUGGGCACAGUUUGUGAAAAAGUGGAGCUUUCUUCCACUUGUUGGAGAUGGAUCUACCAGAAUCCAACCAGUAUACGUUGUCGAUGUUGCUGCUGCAAUUUUAGCAGCCUUGAAAGAUGAUGGAACCAGCAUGGGUAAAGUUUAUGAACUUGGUGGUCCUGAGGUUUUCACUGUACAUGAACUGGCAGAGCUGAUGUUCGACACGAUCCGUGAAUGGCCUCGAUAUGUAAAGGUUCCUUUCCCUAUUGCAAAGGCCCUUGCAUCUCCUCGUGAAUUUUUACUAAAUAAAGUUCCAUUUCCUCUACCCACCCCUGAUAUCUUCAAUUUGGAUCAAAUCAAUGCUCUCACUGUAGAUACAGUGGUGUCAGAAAAUGCUUUAACAUUCAACGACUUAGGAAUUGUGCCUCAUAAGCUAAAGGGUUAUCCUGUCGAGUAUCUGAUUUCAUACCGCAAGGGUGGUCCACAAUUUGGUUCGACGAUCAGUGAAAGAGUAUCUCCAGAUUGGCCAUAAGGUUGUGUAGAUCUUUACUUUGCAACUAGUUUCUUUUCUUUCAGUGUUUGCGGCCUUAGCUGUUCCUAGAAUUGUGACCUCCGAAAGCUGUUUCGAGCACAUUACAAGGUCAUCAAAUAACUAUUUUUGUACUAUUUAUUAUGAAAGCAAUAAUGACUGGCAAGUCCCAUCUCUGAAACUUGUUAUCAUUAUGAACAAUGAGGAAUCUCUCGCUAACAAAGGAAGUCAUUAACGACUGGGCAUUUAUUAUUUCUUUCCGUGGAAAGAGGCCAGAAGGCAAUGUCAAUGAAUGAUAUAUUUCAGUU